GACAGUGGAGGAGGAAUAAGAACAGAACAGCCAUAACCAAAGCUGUUGGUUGUCUGGACAUGCUGGGAGUUGUAGUUUUGCCACAUUUGUAGAGCCAUAGUUUGAAGACAGUACUGUAUAGUGUGAGAUGGAGACAGUGGAGGAGGAAUAAGAACAGAACAGCCAUAACCAAAGCUGUUGGUUGUCUGGACAUGCUGGGAGUUGUAGUUUUGCCACAUUUGUAGAGCCAUAGUAUGAAGACCACUGUAUAGUGUGAGAUGGAGACAGUGGAGGAGGAAUAAGAACAGAACAGCCAUAACCAAAGCUGUUGGUUGUCUGGACAUGCUGGGAGUUGUAGUUUUGCCACAUUUGUAGAGCCAUAGUAUGAAGACCACUGUAUAGUGUGAGAUGGAGACAGUGGAGGAGGAAUAAGAACAGAACAGCCAUAACCAAGAUCAGAUUACAUUCUUCCACUCCGCUCCCUACUUCUUGUCCCAUCUUUCCUAAUAGAAGUUAUUCUGGAUCUACCUCAUCUACUGGAUGUUAGAACAUGUCUGUCCCCCAGUAAAGAUUCCAUAUACAGAAUAGGGAUGAUUUGGCCCCUGAUCUGGAGCUCUCCUGGUCCUAGACCCCUCUGAGAAGACACUUUCCUAAGUGUGAAGUAGUGUGAGAUGUGAGGAGGCAGAGAGUGGAGGAGGAGGCAUCAGCCAUAGCCGGGAUCAGAUUACAUUCUUUCACUCCUCUCCCCACAAAUCCCUUUCCUGCAACUUUUCUCCAUGGGGGAAGAAGUGGGUUGUUGUAGCUAAACAAGCUGCCUGUCCCAGGGAUCCGGAUGGGAGUUUAUGGCAUCUUGGCACGAUCUUAAGUUGUACUUCUGGAUUUUAGGAUCGUCUAAAGCAAAAUGGAGGAGGGCAAGCUGGGAGAGAGGGGGACAGCCGUGCACCCAUCCUGCUGAACUGGAGACAAAGCAGUGCUGCUGAAUGCAAUAGGCGCCCAGCGCUCCCAUCCUCCCCCUCUCCUAAACAUGUCCUCCUCUGUGGUGCGGAGCCUCUGCUGCAUCCUGGGGCUCUGCUUCUUCGGCUCCAUCUCCACAACUCGAGGGGCUCAGUUCAACGAGUCGUUUUACAUGGAUAGGUGUAAGAAGACCACCACUUGUGAGGCCAUGAAGUAUAACGCGUGCCUGGGCUCCGCUUUACCCUACACCCUGACGUCCACUAUCCUGGCGGAGGACUCCUCGUCUCAGGAAGAAGUUUUCGAUAAGCUCGUGCUGUGGUCUGGGUUACGGAAUGCUCCCCGCUGCUGGGAGGCGAUACAACCCCUGCUGUGUGCUGUGUACAUGCCAAAGUGUGAGGCUGGCAAAGUAGAGCUGCCAAGUCAAGGCUUGUGUCUGGCUACACGUGGCCCUUGCGCUAUUGUAGAGCGGGAGAGGGGCUGGCCGGAUUUUCUGAAGUGCUCCACAGAUCGGUUCCCCGAGGGUUGUCCGAACGAGGUGCAAAACAUCAAGUUCAACAGCUCAGGUCGUUGUGAAGCACCACUGGUCCGCACUGACAAUCCUAAGAGUUGGUAUGAAGACGUGGAAGGUUGUGGUAUUCAGUGUGAGAACCCCCUGUUUACUCCAAAGGAGCAUCAAGAGAUGCAUGUCUACAUCGCCAUAUUCAGCUCGGUCACUAUAUUUUUCACCUUCUUCACUCUGGCUACAUUUCUUUCAGAUUGGAAAAAUUCCAACCGAUACCCCGCUGUUAUCCUUUUUUACGUCAAUGCCUGUUUCUUCAUGGGCAGCAUUGGGUGGCUAGCUCAAUUCAUGGAUGGUGCCCGGAAAGAAAUUGUUUGUCGAGGAGAUGGCACCAUGAGACUUGGAGAACCCACAUCAAAUGAAACGCUUUCCUGUGUCAUUAUAUUUGUCAUUGUCUACUACUCCAUGAUGUCAGGGGUGAUCUGGUUUGUCAUGCUCACAUAUGCUUGGCACACAUCCUUCAAAGCCCUGGGCACCACUCACCAGCCACUUUCUGGCAGGACCUCAUACUUCCAUUUGAUCACCUGGUCCAUUCCCUUUGUGCUGACUGUGGCUAUCCUGGCAGUUGCUCAGGUGGAUGGUGACUCUGUGAGCGGUAUUUGCUUUGUGGGAUACAAAAACUACAGGUAUAGAGCUGGCUUUGUCUUGGCUCCAAUCGGAAUUGUUCUGAUUGUUGGAGGUUACUUCCUUAUCCGAGGUGUAAUGACGCUGUUCUCCAUCAAAAGCAAUCACCCUGGAUUACUUAGUGAGAAAGCAGCCAGUAAAAUCAAUGAGACCAUGCUGCGGCUAGGAAUAUUUGGAUUCUUGGCAUUUGGUUUUGUGCUCCUCACCUUUACCUGUCAUUUCUAUGACUUCUUCAACCAAGCAGAGUGGGAACGGAGUUUCCGUGAAUAUGUUUUAUGUGAAGCCAAUGUGACCAUUGCCUAUGAGACCAACAAGCCGAUUCCAAAGUGUGAAAUAAAGAACAGGCCCAGCCUUCUUGUAGAGAAGAUUAACCUCUUUGCCAUGUUUGGAACUGGCAUAGUUAUGAGCACAUGGGUGUGGACCAAAGCAACAAUUAUAAUCUGGAGGAGAGCCUGGUGCAGGAUUUUGGGACGUAGUGAUGAUGAACCCAAGAGAAUCAAGAAAAGUAAGAUGAUCGCAAAGGCAUUUUCCAAACGGAAGGAGCUGCUAAACAACCCGGAGAAGGAACUAUCCUUUAGUCUGCACACAGUAUCCCAUGAUGGACCAGUUGCUGGUUUGAACUUUGACAUCAAUGAGCCAUCAGCUGAUAUGUCUUCUGCAUGGGCACAACAUGUUACAAAGAUGGUGGCUAGAAGAGGAGCCAUUUUACCACAGGAUGUGUCUGUAACUCCAGUGGCAACUCCAGUGCCUCCUGAGGAUAGAGAAAACGUGUGGUUAGGAGACGCAGAUAAUCCUUAUGGGGUAGAAAAGAAGAAUAAAAAGAAAAAAAGGAGAAGGAAGAAAGAGAUCAGACCAGUGGAGGAAACAAGGUGUAUGGACGGCUACCCAUCUCGGACAUCAACUGCUGUGCCGCGUCUUCCAAAGCUCCCUUCUAAACCUGGUCUGGUGACUAGGCCUAGAGAGCCACAGGAAAUUGAAGAAGUUCUUCCAGGAUCAUACAGAGAGUAUAGGAGGUGGCCACCUCUACAGGGUAGUCUAUACCAUGCUGAGAACAUGGAUGACCGUCAUGGAUACAGAAGAUACACUCACACAAAUGUAAUGUCUCAUCCCUAUUCUGCUGAUGAGUUACCCAUUGCUGAACAGAGCAAUGUUCAAUUCAUCCCUCAACCAAAGCGUGAUGGAACAUUCCAGCUUUCAAGUGGGAAUUCUCAUCUAUAUAAUAUGGGGAAUGGGCAUCGUACUGAAAGAACUCAAACUAGAAGAGCAGGAAUGCCUCCAAUGCACUCCAGAGCAAACCUUAUGGAUGCAGAGCUAAUGGAUACAGACUCUGAUUUCUAGUGGCUAGGUAGACAUGUUCCAGACUUUCCCGAAAGCACAGAGUGGAUGAUAGAUGCAGGCUGAGCCCUUUACAUCCUUUUUGUGCUGACUGACAUUUGUCAGAGAUGGAAAUACAUGUUGGUGUCAAAUGAUAACUGAACAUGGAUAUUUUUAAAAGAAGAAAUGGAAUAUUUGACAGGACUAUCUGGGAUUGACAGGAAUUGUUCAUCAGUGGAAUCUUUUUACUGUUCAUUCAUAAGCAGCUAUACAGAGCACUCUUCUAUUCAUGUGUACAGUUUAUCUAACGGAGGAUGUUCUGUAGGACAUUUAUUUAUUAUGUACAGAACAAAUAUUUUGUCCUAAUUAAAAUGGAAUUUCUGAACAAAUGCAUAAUAACUAGGACAGGUUGAAAUCCGUAUUAAAGGGGUUAUCCAGGAAUAGAAAAA